AUGAACGAUUGCGACUCUAAGAAAUUCAGGAACAUAAGCGAAAAGGUACAGGGGAAGUACAUCCCAGUUAUAAAAUUCGGGGGAACGAAUAAAUACAUCAAUAAAAAUUACACCAAUGAUUCCGAUGCCACAAAUAAUAUAAGUUUUACCGUAGACGGGUUCAACGCAAACAGCGCAGACAUAUACUACGAUAACAAGUAUGGGGUCAACCGAGUCUGCUUCUCCCCCCAAGGAAAGUACGUAGCAGGAUGUGGAACAAACGGCAUAAUUUAUGUAUACGAUUUGUAUGAAAACAAGCUGCUGACAAAAAUUUGUACAAAGAUUGAUAACAUAAGAGACUUGACAAUAAGCGAUAAUGAUAAAUAUAUAUACGCAUGUGGUGAUAAUAAAAUUAUAGAAAUAUUUGACUUGUACGAAAGUAAGAACGUCUCUAACGAUGAUGUUGCGAGGUAUGUAGACGUAUCCAUCCCAAGCAUAAUUAAAAGUCAAAAUGGGAAAAGGGAAGAUUCCAGAGUAGCAAGAAGUGGGGACAAUGGCGGGAAUGCAGGAACAGGGAAAGCACAAGUGCCCCUGAGGGGGGCAAGAAAAAACGUACUCAAUAACAUCUACGCCCCAUGGCUUAAAGUUAAGCACAGGGAUUUUACUCAUAACAAAGUUGUGUACAUCCCAAUAUAUAACUACAGCGAUUUGAUCAAAAGUAAUAUCAAUAUGGUGGACUUAAAUUGCGUUAAAAUAAGGAAAAUAAAUCCAGUUAUUAAUAAGUCUUUAUUUAUUAUUAAAGACUCACACGAAUGCAGCACUUCCUGCUUGGCAGUGCCAAACGUAAGCAAUUUCUUAGUGUAUUCAGGGGGGGGUGAUGGGUUGUUAAAAAUCUGGGACAUAAGAAUGAAUUUGUUUUCUCUACAUAAGAAAGGAAACUAUAAAAAGACCACAUCCAAUGUCAUAUUUUUAGAUAAUAAAAAUCCGUAUGCUUCCAUAUGUUCACAUGAGGAUAUCCUGACCAGCAUCAAUUUUAACAACACGAUAGACUAUGAAGGUGCGUAUAAAAUGAGGAGGGCAUCAAGGAAGAGACAAAUGAGAGCCAAGAAGAGGACGCAAUGUGCUGCUGAUGGGAACAGUUCACAGAUGAUAAAGGAAUCACAUAGUGGGAAGGCUGAAAAAUCGGUUACCUUCGGAGAUGAAGAGCUUUUCUUGGAUGAUGAGAGCAGCAAUUCGUCCUUGUCCUCCUCGUGUUCUUCCGUGUCCUACUCGUCCCUCACGUUCGAUCUAACGAGAAACAAAUUUAAUAACAUCCUGAUGACAAGCGGAUACGACGGGUAUAUUCGUCUGUACGACAUAAAUAAUAAUAUUAUUAAAUCCUUUUAUGAUGAGGAGAAAAGUAUCACGCACUGUAUGUUCAGUUAUAACAACAAAUAUAUCAUUAGCACGAACAAGACGAAAUAUGCAAAAAUAUUUGACUUUAUCUACAUGAAUAAUAAGAAGAACGCAAAAAAUAUGGUGACCUACCUUGCUAAUUACAAGUCUUAUCAUUUGAACAAACCCAGCGCGGAUAAUCAAGAGAGGGAGGAUGACAAUGAGUAUGGCAACUGCACCAAGCUGUACGAUGACAAUUUUUCGAAAGACAUAUACAGUGAUAAGGAAUUCCAGACGUGUAGCAUUAAAAAUAUAUAUGAAGAUAAAGAACUGGAGGAAAGAAUAAAACUUGUUAACGAAUUAAACAGGAAAAUAAGUAAAGACGAUAAGAAGAAAGCUGUGGACGAGGGUGACGAGGGGGGAGAAGAAGUGGAAAACGAAUCAGAUGGCACCUACUCAAACACAGAUUCCAGCCUUUUUGAUGAAAAAACAAUAAAAACGAAUACCUUUUACGAACAUGUUAAUAAAAAGUUGGAACCUACAUGGUCUCUCUUUCUGGAUAACCUAAAAUAUAUGAAUCUUAUCCCUUACGAUGAGCUAAAUGAAAGUCUGAGGAGAAACCACGAAUACAUUAAGACACAUUAUAAAAAGUUGAAUCAUAAUAGUGACAAAAGCGAUCACAAUCAGGGUGAGGCGAAUUCGGCUAAACAAAUCUACCACCCACAAAAAGAUGAAAUGGAAUACAUGCUGUACUACGAAAUGUCAGAUAUUAUAAAUAACGAAACGGACAUUCCUAAUUUUUAUUCCUGCGUAGCGGGGGAUAAGUGCAUUAUUCCGUCCAUUGACACCUAUGCACAUGUGUAUGACAUAUACACAGGUUUUCAUGUUAACACAAUAAGCAAUCUUUACUUGCCAAAUUAUCAUCACACGGACAAUUCGUAUUUUGACUCGUACAGCAUAAAGCAGCCUUUUUAUAAAAGCAAGCAUUUGUCUUUUUUAACAAGUGCCGACACGUACCCCAAGAACCAGAAUAUCAUUGCAACUUCGAAUGGGUACCCGGAUGGAUCCAUUGUCCUUUGGGUUUUUGCCCCUUUCUAG